ACAACUGUCGCCUGUCGGUGAAUUUCCUUACUUAUUAAAACAGCGUGGAAACAAGUAGGUCUCAAUUUUAAAUUGAAUUCCUCUCGAACGACGACAACGUUAUGGGUAACGUACAAGCUUCGUCCAAUUUACCACCGAUGCCGCCUAAUAUGACACCAAUUCCGCCACCCACAACACCGCAAAAGCUGCCUCCCGAAAAUCGCAUCGAAAACCCCGGAUCGGUUGAAGAACUGCACAAGAAAUGCAAAGAACUGUUUCCUAUGACCUUUGAGGGCAUCCGACUUGUCAUUAACAAAGGACUGAGCAAUCAUUUUUUCGUUAGCCACAGUCUACUCAUAGGAGCAACCAGUCAAACAUCAAACUACAAAUUUGGAUCUACAUUUGUGGGUACCAAUCAGGUGGGGCCCGGAGAUUUCAGUCCUCUUUUGAUAGGUGACAUUGAUCCCCGUGGAAAUAUUUCUACAAAUGUUAAUGUACAACCCUGGGAUAAUGUCAAAAUCAAACUGAACACUCAGUUUCAAGAGUUCAAAACAAAUGGAGUUCAAACAACCGCUGAAUAUAGAGCAGACAGAUAUACAGCUACCCUGUGCUUAGUCAAUCCCGAUUUAUUCAAUUAUACGGGAAUUUAUAUAUCUCAGUAUUUAUAUGCUUUGAAUAACAAAACAUCAGUAGGUGCUGAAGUCAUUCACCAACGUAGUCCACAAAUUCCAAAUGGGCAUAUAACAGUAUUUAAUGUCUUGGGAAGAUAUAUAUAUGAUGAUGCUACCACAAUCAGUACUACAUUGAGUUUAACGGGGUUGCAAUGCUGCUAUCAUUUCAAAGCUAGUGAGCAACUUCAGUUUGGUGUAGAUCUUGAAGGUAGUCUUUUACAACGAGAUAUCAAUGCAACUUUUGCAUAUCAAGCACAAAUUCCUAAAUCAGAUAUCAACAUUAAAGGUAGCAUAGAUAGAAAGUGGAAUGUAAGCACGACACUGGAAAAACGUUUACACCCAAUGCCAUUUACAUUUGCAUUGAGUACUAUGUUUUCUCCUGCCAAACAUCAAUUAAGAAUGGGAGUUGGAUUUUUAGUCGGUUAAUUUAUACAACAUUAAAUUUUGAUGUAGUCGUAAACAUUUUGGACCUUUUUUCAUUCCCACUUGUUAUAUGAUAUAAUAUAUUGUAUUAUUAUUGAUUAAAUUCAAUAAUAAUUUAUACCUCUAAAAUAUAGAAUUAUUUUAAAAUUA